AUGAUGGCGCAACUCAAAACACGGCAUGGAGAAUCAGUUUCUUUCACAGCAAGAAUCAUGGAGCGGGUCACCAAUAGAGCGGACCAACUGCGAGAUCUGCUGGUUGACCAUAGAGCCAUGAAGAAUGAGAUGAAUUACAAUGUAGCUAGAAGAGAAUUCGAACAUUGCUCAUACUUGUUGAAGAUGUUGAAGGAUCUGAAUGAAAGUGAGCGAGAGCUUGGGAAGCUGAUUGAUGAUAUGGGAGCUUGA